CAGAGGAGUGAGUUAGAAGGUGCAAUGGGGAGUGGUGAACAGCACUCAUUGUUCGAGACUAGGAAAGACAGAGCAAGACACAUUCGAAGGCUCUAUGCUGUCUCUUUGUUUGUGGCCAUAUGUUUUGUCUGGGCAUUCAGACUCACCCACAUACCCGCAAAAGGAGAAGCUGCCCACUGGGCAUGGCUUGGUUUGUUUCUUGCAGAACUUUGGUCUGGCAUCUAUUGGGUCUUUUAUCAAGCCCUCCGCUGGAACAUGAUCUUCAGAACAACCUUUCCCAACACACUUUCUCAAAGAUAUGAGAGCAGGUUGCCGGGAGUGGAUAUCUUUGUGUUUACGGCGGAUGCAGCGGUGGAACCACCGUUGCUGGUGAUUAACACGGUGUUAUCCUUGAUGGCUUAUGACUAUCCACCUCAGAAGUUGAGCGUGUAUCUCUCAGAUGAUGGGGGUUCAGAGAUAACCUUUUAUGCUCUUUUAGAGGCUUCUUCCUUUGCCAAACAUUGGGUCCCAUUCUGCAAGAUAUUUAAGGUGGAACCUAGGUCACCUGCUGCCUUUUUCAACAAUCCUGCAUCAACAAAAUCAGAAGAUCAUAACUAUGUCAAACACUUGGCAACCAUCCAUAAACUGUAUGAAGAGAUGAAAAGGCGAGUAGAAGAUGCAACCAAGUUGGGUGUACCCAGUGAAGCACGCUCAAAGCAUAAUGGGUUUUCGCAGUGGGACUCGUAUUCAUCUUCACGUGAUCACGACACUAUCCUUCAAAUUCUUCUGCAUAAAAACGACUGGCAUGGGUCAAAGGAUGUGGAUGGGUGUAUUUUGCCAACCUUGGUGUAUAUGGCUCGUGAAAAGAGACCUCAGUAUCACACCCACUACAAAGCUGGAGCUAUAAAUUCAUUGUUAAGAAUAUCUUCAACGAUCAGCAGAGGAAAAAUCAUUCUAUUUCUGGAUUGUGACAUGUACUCAACCAAUUCACAAUCAGUGAGAGAUGUUCUAUGUUUUUUCAUGGAUGAACGUAAAGGCCAAAGAAUUGGUUAUGUGCAACUGCCACAAUAUUUUGACAACAUUGGUAAGAAUGAUCUAUAUGGGAAUGCUCUAUCAGAAACUAUGCAGAUACACCUCCAUGGCGAAGAUGGUUUGGGUGGCCCUUUGUGCAUUGGAACCUGUUGCUUUUUCAGAAGAGAUGCUCUCUGUGGGAAGAAGUUUAAUGAUCAAGAAGAAAAAAAUUGCAAUGAUGACAGCGAGAAAGAAGUGGUUGAAGUAAACAUGCAAAAACUAGAAGAAGAAGCAAAGGCUUUAGCAAGUUGCACCUAUGAGAAAAAUACUCUGUGGGGGAAAAAGAUUGGUCAAGUAUAUGGAUGUCUUGUGGAGGAUGUGAUAACAGGGUUUCGGAUACACUCACAGGGAUGGAAAUCAGUGUGUUACAAUCCUCAAAAAAAGUGUUUUUUAGGUGUUGCACCAACCAACUUGCUUCAUACACUUGUUCAACAGAAGAGAUGGGCGCAAGGUGACUUACAAAUUUUGUUGUCGGAGUUCAGACCAACAUGGUACGGUGAUGGAAAGAUCAAUUUAUCCCUACUAUUGGGAUAUGAGUACACUAUGUGUUUUUCAACCAUUUCCUUGCCUAUACUAUAUUACUCCAUCAUCCCUUCACUAUAUCUCCUUAAGGGCAUUCCCUUGUUUCCAAAGAUGUCGAGUUCAUGGUUGAUACCAUUCGCAUAUGUCAUUGUCGGAGAAACUAUCUAUAGUUUGGUUGAAAGCUUGAGUAUGGGAGGAUCAAUCCGAGGUUGGUGGAAUGCUGUAAGAAUGUGGUUGUACUUGAAAACAAGUGCCUUUUUCUUUGCCUUCGUAGAUGGCAUGUUGGGAUUCUUCGGACAUUCAAAUUCAUCCUUUGUAGUCACAUCAAAGACCAUAGAAGAUGGUGCUGCACAGCGUUACGAGAAAGAGAUGAUGGAGUUUGGAACCUCUUCUCCUUAUUUCACUGUUCUGGCAACACUUGCAUUGCUCAAUCUGUUCUGUUUGCUUUCAACUUUAAACGAUUUGGUCCUUGCCAAAAGUGCUUUUUCUGGAGAGAAAAUGGCGUUGCAAGUUCUUGUGUGUGGAGUUUUGGUGUUCAUCAAUUUUCCCAUUUACGAAGCCAUUUUUUUGAGGAAAGAUAAGGGUAGAAUGCCAGCAUCUGUUUCUGUUAAGUCUAUUGCAUUGGCUUUCACUGCAUGUGUCUUCUUCAAACUGUUGAAGUGAGUAAUAAAUUGAUGCAGUUUUUGCUUCUUCUGUAUAUCAUGUGAUGCCAAGCAUGGCUGCAGUUACAGAUCAUUAUUUUCGAACAGUGUUUAUCUUAGCAUUCAAAUAAGUGUAGUACUUUGUUAUCGAAUAAAUGUUUAUUUCCUUAUUCUUUCA